AUGGAAACAGAUAAAUAUAUUACGAUUGUUCCUGUUGAGUAUCCUCGAAACAGGCAACAGUUCAUACGGCCUCCCGAUGAAUACAGUGACUUUCCUCAAAACCGGAAUUGGCCCCAUACGAGAGCAGUAAGAACCGAAUCAAGUACUAUGCGGAGAAAAGAACUGAAACGAUCAUUGGAACACAAAAGAUCUCACAAUCAUUCUCGGAAUGACCCUAUACAGUCAUGUUCCAAGCCAAUAAUAAGUGCUCCACUAGCAUUCCAAACCGCUCCAAAACCUAUAAAGAAACCACUUAGUGUAUAUAUUUACACAAUGGCUGAUAUAGUCUUGCAUAUGGAUAUAGAAGAUGCAAACACAACUACAGUAUCAGAUCUUGUUGAUAUUAUAAUAAUGCAAAAAAAUUUGGGAUUAUCAAGAAUUGCUAAGAAUAUUUUUACAAUUUGGAUGAAAUCAAACGUUUUAGAAAUCCAGUUAAAACCGCAUCACAAAUUAUUGACAGUUUUUCAAAAAUGGCCCACACUUGAAGAAAAAUACUGCACUCAAACCAAAAAGGUUAUUUUCAAAGAACCCAUUUUGAGUUUUCAAAGAAAUGUUUUUUUCCCCAGAAAAGAUGAAGAAAAAAUUAAGGACCAAAAAAUUAUUGAGCUAUUGUAUGCUGAAGCUAAAUAUAAUGUAUUACAAGGUCGGUAUCCUGUUGAAGUGAACCACUGUUUGAUGUUAGCUAGUUUGCAGUGCCGAAUAGAAUUAGGUCCAAACAAUUUACAACAGUACACCUCAAGUUUUUUUAGAGAUAACCGGGAAAGAUUUUUACCAUCCCAUCUAUACAAAAGCUGGUCAUCAUGGUUAAAUCUUGAUAGAAAAAGUACACCUCAUUCUCGGCUAGCAGACCAUUUAAAACAUAUACAAAUAACUGGAUCUGAUCGUAGACUUUACCACAAAUAUUUAGAGUGCUGUUACAUGCUACCAUUUUAUGGGUGUGCGUUUUUCCAUGGUCAAAUUGAACAACCUGUUCGAGGUUUGAUGUCUUUAAUUAACCAUAAAGAUGUUCCUAUUUACAUUGCAGUCAACACCGAAGGAGUUUAUAUCUUGGACUGUGUGGAAAAUAGUUUAUUGUUGGGUCUUAAGUAUCAAGAUUUUUCAUGGGAAUUCGCUAAGCCAUCUCAAGAAGAUAAUGAUCAUUGUUUACCAUGUAUAUUUCUACAGUUUUUAGUAUUAGAAAACGGAACAAGAGUUUCAAAAAUUUUACAAGUAUUUUCUAAACAAGCUGUCAUGAUAGAUGCACUAAUUGCCUGUUUCGUUGAAGAUUUUAGACACAAAUUAGCUAUGAAUGAAUAUGACGAUGUAGAUAGAACUGGUGGCUUUGAACAUAUUUCUGUUGGCGAUGGAUCUCAAGUACCUUUGGCACAUUUGUUCCGCAGCGAACCACAAUCGCGAUUGUGCAAUAAACUAAAUAAGUUGACACUGGCUACAUUUGAUGAAGAUGGUCAUUGUAUCGGACAAAUGGGAUCAUGGUCAUUCAGCUACUAA